GAAAAGAAAAACAGGACAACCACGCCGCCAUCUCUGCCGCCCGCUGCCGAUCUCUGUAACUCUGUUGGCGUCGCCGGCCAUUCCUCUGGCCUCCACUUCACCCCUCUUUUCAAAUCUAUUGGCUGCGCCGCCCCCCUCCAACAACGGGCAACAGGCCUACCGCCCUACCCUUCCCACCCCCAGGCCCCAACCCCUCUCGGCGGCUCGGCGCUGCCCGCUCCUCGCCUCCUCCCCUCCCUCCCAGCCACCGCUCCCUUCUCGUCCGUCCUCGAUCCGACCAGCGGGGCCUCCGUGAAUGCACUGCUGCAUCGCCGCCCCUCUCCCGCCCGGCUUCCUUGUCUCCAGCGGCGUCUGGUGGGCCGACUUGAAGUCCGUCUAGACUCUAGAUCCACAUCAAGAUAUUAGCGCUUAGUUCAGAAGAAAUGGGAGAUAGAGAAAGGCGAGUCGUUUUUGUCACAGUAGGUACUACAUGUUUCGAUGCUCUUGUCAAAGCGGUAGACUCUGAGGAGGUUAAACAAGCACUGCUGCGGAAAGGUUACACUGAUCUUCUGAUUCAAAUGGGCCGGGGGACAUAUGUGCCAUCCAAGGAUUCAGGAAAAUUAAAUCUUCAAGUUGAUCAUUUCACUUUUUCACCAAGCAUUGCUGACUACAUAAGAGAAGCAUCCUUAGUCAUCAGUCAUGCAGGUUCUGGAAGCAUAUUUGAGACACUGCGACUGGGCAAACCUCUUAUCGUCGUCGUGAAUGAAGAUCUGAUGGACAAUCACCAGAGCGAGCUAGCAGAGGAACUGGCUGAGAGGAAUCACCUCUUCUGCUCCCGUCCACAGACGCUGCAAGAGACUGUCGAGGCGAUGGAUCUGGAUGCGCUCCAACCUUACAUGCCAGGAGAAGCGAAGCCAGUUGUGGCACUGAUCAACAAAUUUCUUGGCUUUCCUGUUUGAUCGAUAGUGGGAACCGGUGAUAUGGGGAAAUGGCAAGAUGGGAUUGCGUAGCUGCCUGAGGUAACAUCUCAAGAUAUCACCGCGGAGGAAUCGCAAAGAACGUGCAACAGCACACUAUUUUAACACAGGGUACUUAUCUGGUUUUUAUUUCAUUUGUAAAGAUGCAAUAUGACAAUACUGAAAUGAAUUUAAAGUUAAGGCGGUUUGUUAUUA